AUGGCCGUCCACAACGUAGACCACGCGUUUUCAGCAAAGUCGGCGAAGUUCGUCUUCGCUGCCCGCUUGAUCCAGGUCACCUUCGGAACGCUGUUGAUAGGCCUCACCGCCGGCCUCAUGGUCUAUUGGGUCGCAGCGUACGGCCUGCAGGUCUAUGAUUAUCCCGACACGUGGACCUAUAGGCAAAUGGCAUGGACGCUCCUGCCUGCAACAGUAUUCUCGAGCAUGACCGUGCUCGUGGGUGCCAUUGGCUUGUUCGCGCACAAGAGACCGAACGAUAUCCAUUGGCACCUAACCCUCGGCCUCGAUUGGUUCGCGUUCGCCAUCAGUCUGGCCAACCUCCCCCUCAGCACCGUCCUCAUUCCUCCCGGAUAUUACGACACGAUCCGCUACGUCGCCAUCCCCACAACUAUCGUCGCUCUUAUUGUCUUCCUUGCCAGCUUGGUCCCCAUCAUCCGCACCCACCGCCUCAAGAAGCGUGGCAUGCUGCCGCCCCGCAACUCGCCCAAGGAGAACUGGUACCUGAUGGAGGAUGCAGUCUCAGCGUACCAAAGGCCGAGCUCAACGUACCCAAGCUCGACGCAGCAGCCGAGCAACUAUGUUCAUCAGCCUUCCCAAGCUGCUUCCAGGGCCGGUACGACGGCACGUUGGAGUGGAGUGACGGAUGAGACGGCUUUCAACAGCAUGAGGAGCGAGACAGAAGCGCCGCCUUAUAGUGAAGGGUCGGCGAGGAGUGUGAAGCCUUAUGUGUGA